AAACUGUUUUUACAAUAUCAAGGAAAGGCUGUAGAUGUACCUAUCUUGCAUAAUGGUACAGAAAUUCUAUCACCCCCGGAAUCUGACCAAAGUGACUAUGAGGAGGACUUUUGUGACGAGUUCAAGUAUGAGAGCGAUCCAGCUAUCAACCUGACUGUUCUGAAAGAGAUUUCAACUCCAACAGAGAUGUCCCAAGAAGAGAUCACUAUAGAAGAAAAGGUAAAGGAAUUUAGCACUAGCAGCGAACUAAAUGAAUAUGAAUAA